UUAGUGUCUGAGACGGCAGGAGCAGUCGAUGGGAGUGGAUGAGGAGCUCAUCACUCCGCCAGCAAGUGCUGUAUGAAACAGUGAGCUGACAGCAGAGGCUGCAAAGCACUAGAUGAGCUGCUUCUCCACUCCAGCUCCCAGCGCGCGCACAUCCCUCGCGGCUGAGAGCUGUGGACGGUGAACGCCUCAACAUGGAAGGAAGGCUUGCAUUUACAGUACCAAGCAGGCGCUAGAUAGAUACAGGGACAAGGACAGGCGUGGUGCUCACAUUGCUCUGAUUUCCCUCGGGAGUAGUCAAGACACAGAAAGAGCCACAACUGAGCCAGUCCCAGCAGAGACAAGUGUUAGAAAAUCGAAUCAAGCUACCAGGUAUACGCGCUGUGACUGUUGCGUACAAGGUUUUGGGUGAACCGAUCUCUAAUUUGGAAAGAAAUAGUUCAAGUAACAGUUUGUGGAUAAGUCUUUCAGCUGGGAGCACAGUUAUAUUAAUGAACUUCAAAGGCUAUAACAAACGGCAUGGGGCAUUCCUGUAAUGCACUGCACACAGGCGACGGGGACUUGUUAACCCUAGCACACUCUUUGAAAAGGCAAUGAAUCACUAGGGGUGCAAACUAAAAUGAAACAAUGAAGUUUAUCAUGUUUUGGUCAAAAAUAAGUUUUGGGUACCUGCAUUGUUCUCUUUAAAAGCAAUUAACGACAGUCUACAUGCGGGAUGCAACUAAAUGGGGACUCUGUGGUCGAUUUGGAUUCAACAAGAUAACCAACAGCUGUGCAAGCAUCUCAAACACUAACACACCUUUCAUUCACUGGCGUUCAGUGGCACCUAGAGCUGUCCGAGGCUUUACCUACUAAUCCCUGCCAGUGAGCACAACUCCCCUUGGUCACUUAAGAUAUCUGCAUACCAUGAGUUCAAAUAUAGUCUACGAGUGGCUAAGAGCCCUACAGCUCUGCCAGUACGCAGAAUCGUUCAUGGAUAAUGGUUAUGAUGACUUGGAAGUUUGUAAACAGAUUGGAGACCCUGACCUUGACGCGAUUGGGGUGCUGGUCCCCAAGCACAGACAGAAGUUACAUGCAGCUGUCCAAAGACUGCGGGAAGAGGAGAAGGAGGCAGCUGCUGGACUCUACUUCACCCUGGAGCCACAGGUCGUUCCUGCCCCAGAGAUCUACACCAGCCACUUGAAGGAUCAAUACGAAUCCAAGUCUAAUGGAACAAAAUCAUGGAAACAACCUCAUGGAGAAAUAAGGGACAAAACGUCUGGAUUUCAGGGAUCUUCAGAAAACCAGAAUGUUAAGGUCCGGAAAAACUUAGUAACGUACCCCAAGCUGAAGUUAAAAAUCAUGAUCAGAGACAAACUUAUCCGAGAUGGAAUUAAUCUGAGCAAGCCUCCAUACUCUAAUAAGCUGAACCCCUGUGAUGGUCUGGUGCCUGGCAGUGUGGACUUCUUUUGUUCCGGAGCAUCUUAAUUGCAAUAGGAAAUAAACAAAAUGAUUAAAACCCUCAUCGAGGACAAGACGCAGAGAAUCAACUAGUUUACAGUUGCUGAAGGAAGGAACAUUAACAUUCCAUGGAUGUGCAGUCUGAAUGUCAAAUUGGUUACACCUGCUGAGGUUUAAACUAUGCAUGAUUGUUUCUGAUUCUGCUGCCAGGAUGAGUUGGACUGAACUGUGGGGUGUUGAGGACAGCGGCCUUUUUCAUUUUUCUUUUUUUUCAGCAAUAAAAAGUAAUGGCUGCCAACAACGUAAUACUUUCUGUCAUGUGAUGAGUAACAGAACAAUGACUACGUUUAGGCUGGGGGUGCUCUUAUUCUAUGAAAGGUACCAUCAUUCCAAAGACAUCCAAAUGUUACCUGUUUUUAAACAUUAAUCCCUUUCUUUAAUGUCUGUUACUCUGAUUAUUGAAAUGUGUUUGCUUGUUCAGAAAUAAAUGGAAAAAUACAUCGA